GCCCAACAACAGUCCAGUGACAAAAGCAACUGCCUGCCCAGCUUUGCCUGCCUCAGUUCAGGGGUCUGUGACAUCAGAAAGACAGCAGAGAGGAGUGAUGUGUCAAUCAAGCUCAAAGGGAGAGAUUAGUUUUCUACAGGAGCUCAAAGUCUGCUGUGCCCAUGGCCUGGGUUGAGCCAUCAAGAUGGGGAAUUGCCAGAACAGCCUUCCCAAAACCCCCAAGCCUGUGAAGCGUGAACUCAAAGAGAAGUUGGCAACAACCAUUAUCAUCUUCACGAUUGGAGGCCCUGGUUGCGGCAAGGGGUCCCAGAGUAUUCGGAUGGCUCAAAAGUACAACUUCACCCACUUGGCUAUUGGAGACUUGCUGCGGGAAGAAGCCAUCAGGCCCACCAGCAGAGCCAAAUCUAUCAGGGAUAUCAUGCUGAACGGGGCUCUGGUGCCCUCGGGCUUCAUCAUAGACCUGCUGAUGGAUAAACUGCAAAAAGCAGAAAAUGUCAAAGGAUUCAUUAUUGAAAGCUUUCCCCGGGAAAUCAACCAGGCCAAGCUGUUUGAGGAACUUGCGGGGCGUCCCCCCAACAUGGUGAUUGUGUUUGACUGCUCCACGGAGACCAUGAUCCAGCGGCUGCUGAUCCGAAGCCAGAGGGGUGAAAGAGUGGAUGACCACGAGAGCAUCAUCCGGCAGCGGCUGGAGACCCACUACACACAGUGUGAGCCUAUCCUCGCCCACUACCUCCAGAAGGGCAUACUCCGGAACGUCAUCGGAGAGGAACCCCCAGAAGUUGUCUUUGACAAGUGCUGCAGUGUUGUAGACGAUGUGCUAAAGGGAGCAACCUCAAAGGCAUAGCUAUUUAAUUCUACAUCAAAAUAAAGGCUUUUAAGUUGUCGGUCCA